AUGAUCGGCGUUCAGUUUGACAAGAAGAAUAUUGUUCGGAUUGAUAAAAGUUCUGCUCUGCCUCAACUUGUGCAGCCCCUUUUGACGCAGUUCCAAAAGGUUCUCUGGGCAUGGGAUGGAGGCGAUGUCGACAAAGACGGCACAGGAGUCACACGCCGGGCAUGGAAACUCCUCGACGUUAUUUGUCGCAUUCUCAAGCCUGCUCGACCUUACUAUAUUGCUUCAUUCCACACGAUGCGGAACCUGGACAUGUGCAGGAAGAUUUAUUCAAGAGCGAGGUCAUCCGAAGAUUCCUGGGAUUUGUUGAAAGCUCUGCGAAAUGCACUACAUUUCACGUUCGCUGCGGCUGGAGUAUCUCGGGACCCUGCCCAGUUGUGGUAUUCCCUGUUGUGGCAAAUCGAUUCCCACUCUCCAGAAGACUUCGACUGGCUGGUGGACUACCUCGACUACACUGAUCACGAGACAAUAUAUGAAAUCCUUCUUCUGCUGGGUACUACAGGAGCCCGCUGCAGCCCAGCUAAACAACAUACAUUCAUUAAGAACCUUAUCGCAUGCAUGGACAGUGACAUGCCUAACAGUUUACGUCACGCCGCUCUUCGUGCUGUUCACAGUGUCCGACAAGAUAUGGCAUCAAUUCAUGUGAUUGAUGAUGCAAGCUUACGGGACAUGGUUUUGACCGAGCUCUCCCCCGCUAUUCUGACCGCGGUUUGUCCGCGACCAGGUGCAACACCCGCAGAUGAUGGCCCUGACCGCAUUUUCAAUGAUUAUCAGCGCGACUUGCGCUAUCUCGAACUGGUUUUUGCCCUCGCGAGGAAUUCCAGCUGGCACUCCCAUUUAUCUGGGGAUCGCCAUAUAGAUCAGUGCAUUAGCAUGAUUGAAGAAUACAGCUUCAGCCCGCAUGCAUUUUACAUAGCUGGCAUCUUCCUCCGAAUCACACCUGAACAGUGGUCGCCCACAUCGCCCGAUUCUAUCACAGAGCAGCAGUGGUGGGACAUGAUAAGUAGUGCAUGGAUGAAUGCAUACCGUCUAAUUGACGACAUACACUGUUUCGAGUUCCUUCCCGUCCUUGUGCAAGGCACGAAAAAGUACAUGCGGGCUGCUUCGACGUUUGAUCUCGAAACGCUCAUCAGAUAUGUGGACUAUACUCUCGAAACACGGGAGAGGCGAGACUCGGAGCAGGGAGAGCAGGGAGAGCAGGGAGAGCAGGGAGAGCAGGGAGAGCAGGGAGAGGGGGUCGUCGUUGCUGUGAAAGAGCUCAGGACGGUGGCCAGCGACAUGCUUGAGAGGAUGGCCAAAAGCGAUGAAGUUGUUAGCCCCUGAUUAUCACGGUGCCUGCAUGUUGU